GACAAAACCGACUGGCCAUAUGGCAGACGCCCACCAUGCAGCAAGGAAUCAAGGCCAUGUGGCAAGCUUACCGAUCCUGGAAGCAGGCUAAACAACAGACUCCGGAGGAUGUCCUUCGCAUCUCCAGGUACUUCCACCAAUACAAGGACGCUCACAAAGACUUCAAAAAGGCUGGAAAGGCGGCCAAGAAGGCCUGGUUCCAUAGUCGUCUCGCCGAUCUGCAACAUGCUGCGAACAUCGGUGACUCCAGAGCCCUUUAUGCGGGCCUGCGCACAGUUGCACCCAAGAAAUCGUCGGUCAAGGUACAGCUCCGAGACCCACAAGGUCAAUUGCAGGACCCCAGCACGCAGCUGGCUCAACUCACGACUCAUUAUAAGACUCUGUAUGCGGCGGAUGCUGACCCUACCACGGCAGGUCCUCAAAGGCAAGCCAUCAGCAUCGAUGUCUCUGAGGACCACGGCAGACCUCGUAUCUCCGAAACUCUGCACAUGGGCACGGCAAUGGGCUCAGAUUCCGGAGCUAUGGUACAGCGGAAAUGUUCGUUUGCUACGCCCACAGUUGUGGACCGACACGCGCAGCUCCCACAGCAACUCGCUCAUUUCGCAGGCAUACAACUAUCCCUCGACCUCUCCAGCGCGUUUGACCUGCUCGAUUGGCGAUUGCUGGACAGAGCCCUAACCUCCUCGGGGGUUCCCCUAGAGCUCAAAAACCAGAUUCUUUCCUGGUACUCGGAGAUUACCUACGUAAUCACCCACUUAGGACUGACUGCGAAAGUCCAAGCCCAACAACGACUGAGACAAGGUUGCAAACUCGCUCCGCUACUCUGGAUUCUUUCCCUUGCCCAGAUCUAUCGAGACCUCCAGGCCAAAGAAGACCCUCUCCUUACCCAGGACUGGAUGUGUGACAACUCCACCAUCUAUGCCGACGACAUCCAUCUCAAGGAAACGAUGACUUCAGUGCAGGGGUUAGAUCGCAUGGUGCACAGAUUUUGCACCAUACUGGAUGAACUCCGUGCCAACGGUAUGGUAAUUAAUCUGGCCAAGUCUGCCAUACUCCUUAGGCAUAGAGGUAGCUUCAUCAAAGGCUGGUUGCGUCGACAUCUGAUCACCACGAAAGACGGAAAUGUGCUUCGACUUCGCAGCCCUGAGGGACAUUUGUACGAAAUCCCAAUCCGAGAACAGCACACGUAUCUCGGCAUAAAGAUAUCUUACCAUGCUCCCUCUAGAUGUGCGGUUACGAGCCGACUCCAGGCUGCAAACCAGGCAUGGCAAAGGCUGAGGGGGGUUCUGUGCUCCACCAGGCACUUGGCAUUGUCCGAAAGACUUCAAUUGUGGCGCACAACGGUCCUACCCACACUGCUUUAUGGCAUCGCGGCCACGGGCCCAGACGAAAAGGAUGUCCUCACAAGAUGCAACAUAUGA